AAUUGGGCUGUGGGUCUGAUUUUCAAUUCUAUUAUUACAUGGUAUAGAAAUUGUUACCCAUAUGAAAUCAAACUAUUUUAGUUGACCAAUGUGGUUAUGAAAUCGUUUAUAAGCACAUUGAAUAUUUUGUGCACUAAUAAUCGUCUACAUAUUCAUGUUUAAAUAUUAUGAUACAUUUCAAGACAUAAAUAAAUAAAUUUUUGGGAAAUACAUUUAGAAAAUGUCAUUAGCUGAUGUCUGAUACUAGUCAUCAGAAUUCAACAUUAAAGACGUCAGCUGAGCAUAGUGAAUCAGAAUUAAUAAUAUCAUCAGAUAUUAAUACAGAGCCUAAAACAUCGACUAGUCCACGCCCUCAUGUUUCUACGUGGGUGUAUAUUAAAUGGUUCAUAUGGUCUACUAUUGCAAGUAUUUUUGGAUGUAGUAUCCCUGUCUUUACACCAUAUGACAAUACUUGGCCAACUACAUCAAUUUUAAUUGAUCAUAAUAAAUUCGAAUCUGAUCAUUCAAAUCUACAUGAGAAUAUUGAUGAUGCAUAUAAUACACAAGUAUUGAAUGAAGUGAAUGAUGUAUGUACAACAAAAAAUACCAUUUCUUGUCUUUCAUCAUCAACUUGUGAUUUUGAAUUGGAUGUGAAAACAGAGACAAAAAACAUUACACUUUCUUUUCAGAAUCAUAUUCCUGAAAAUGAAAUAAAUUUGGAUUCUUCUUCUAAAGACGUUAUUAAUAAUAACAAUAAUAUAUCAUCAUUGAAAAAUGGAUAUUUUUGUGAUAUUAACCAAACAUUAAAUUAUAAACCUUUAACGGAUAAGGAAGUAAUUCCAAUUUCUACAACAUUAUUUACUGAUUCUGGAUAUUUAUGUAGAGAACCUAGUCAUGUAACAUUUACCUUAUUGGAUUCAUAUCAGUCGGAUUCAGUGAAUGGUUAUAUUGAUAAGGUAACUCAUGAUAAUUAUGUUCAUAAUUUAAUAAACUCUGUAUUACCACGUAAUUUAUCUAAUUCAAGUGAUAUAAGUGUACCAGUUGAAGUACGUAAAAUGUAUGCAUGGAAUAAAUCAACACCGAUUGAGUCACAAACAUCCAUUGACAAUCAUGUAACUGAAUGUAAUUUCGAAGUAGGAUCAAUUUUAUCAGAUGAUAUAGAUGCAUCACCUGGACAACUUAAUUCAUCUGAUCAUUCUUAUCCACCUUUGAGUCCUAAUACACUGGAAGACGAUAGUUUACAAGCUGAAUGUUUUGAUAAAUCACCUGAAAUAGACCUAAAUUUACCAGAUGUUAGUCGAUCAGAUCAGACAUUGGCAUGGGCAAUGUCUAAUCUAUGUAUUGAUAAUACAACCAAUGAAAUAGAUACUGAUUCAAAUGCGAUUCUAUCAAAUAAACAAACGGAAGACCUAUCACCUUCCAAUGAAACAGUUGAUUUCAUUGAAAAAGUAGAUAAAAAUUGCAUUAUAUCUUCUCGACCUCCUGUGCCGAAUUCUUUACAGCGACCUAGCAGAGAUCGUAGUCCUGUCUAUCAUACAAAUAUUAACAACAAUCGAAAAAAGAAUCCAAUAGAUUUACCAACCUUCUUACCAUUUGAAGGUAAUCAAAUUUUCUCAAUAAAAGAUAAAGUUGAAACUCCUGAACCUAUUAAACCAAAACGUAGUAGUUCACUAAAAUCCAAUAGAAGCCUUUCAGAUACACAUGUUCCAAAAGCUGUUCGUUUUGCUGAUGCUCUAGGACUUGAUUUAGCAACUGAACGACAUGUAUAUGAUUCUGAAGCUCCACCGAAAAUACCAGCUUCUGCUAUAUUGUAUUUACAGUUGGAUUCUGAUGAAUCUAUUGCAAAAAUCGGUGCAAAACAGUUUGGUUUAUGUUUCUCACAACCAGGUUUAGCAUCUAAUUUUAUUCGUCGAGUGCUUACCAGUAAUAUAUGCCUAGAAGAUUGUCAUAUUGAUAUGCAACGUUGUAUACUAACUGGUACAAUAAGAGUUAAAAGUUUAGGUUAUGAGAAACAUGUUACUAUUCGCAUUACAUAUAACAACUGGAUUACGUUUUUCGAUACUUCUGCAUCAUACAUUCAAGGAUCAUAUGAUGGUGUAACGGAUAAAUUUUCAUUUAGUUUAAUCUUUCCUGAUACAAUGGUACCAGGUGAUAAAGCACAAUUUGCUAUACGAUAUGAAACACAUACUGGUGAACAAUUUUGGGAUAAUAAUCAUGGUCAAAAUUAUUGUGUAACAUGUUAUGCGAAAGCCACAGAUCUAGCUGGUGAUGGAUCAUGGAUGCAUUAUCUUUGAUUCUCGUAUUUUCAAAUUGUAAUGAACACUGUUAAAAUUAUUUACCUAAUUUUGAUUGUUCAAUAUUCAAACUAUCACUUAAUAACUUUAGCUUGUCUUGACCUUUUUUUCACACACACAUACAUACACGCAUGUGGACAUAAAAUUGGUCCGUACAAAAAAAUAUUAUCAUGCCAAUCAUUCAUUACCCAAGACACUGCAGUUAGCUUUCAAACAUAUAUAUAUAUAUAUAUAUUAAUUAUUAUUAUAAUUAAUUAAACUGCCUUACAUUCAAAAAUCAUCUUCAUAUUAGUCAAUGCACACAAUUAGUCUUUCAUCGGGAUUUACUUUUCAUUAUUUUUGAAAUUUUCAUUCUUAAAUUUAGAAUUUCAAGUUGACUAUAAAAUGUUCCCUUAUCUUUUCCGAUUUAUUAUGUAUUUACAUAACCGCAAAAUUUUUCAAAAAAAAGUGAUUUUUUCCUUAUAUAGAACACGUUGAGGUGAAGUGUAACGUUUUUGAUUGGGAAGUGAGAUAUUUAUGAUGAUCAACUACUUUUCAACCCUAUGCAUUACGAUAAUAAUAAUAAUAAUCAUUACCAUUAACUAUUAUUAACAAGAAUAACGUUGUUAUCGAUAAUGUUUGUUUAAUUUGCUGUAAAUAGCUGAUAGAUCGACCAAAAAAAAGAAAUAAACUUCCUGGAAUUU